GCAUUUCAAGGUUAAUUUGGGCGAGGUCUUUGCGUCAUAUCAGAACCAUAGACUGUUAUUUUUCGCCGACACAAAACAUCGGCUUUCAAAGAAUUCAAAAUGUCUGCGAACGGUGGUGAUUCUGAAACUCAAAUGCAGAAGUUUGAAUUAUAUAUUAAGGCAUCAGCUAUUGACAAAGAAACAAAAGGAUCAUGCCCCAUAUGUCAACAGUUCUUCAUGAUGACAUGUCUCCUUGGAGAGAACCAGGAUGACAUUGACUUCAAGGUGUUCACAGUGCAAGCUGAUUGCCCUCCCAAAAAUUUUGCUGCUGGCUGGAGUAAAAAGUACCCAGUGGUUAUGGUCAUUUCUGGCCGCAACAAGUCAGGCCAGGACAUUAGUGGAAUGAUGUAUGAUACAUUUGAAGAAUUGGAGCUAUUUUUUGAGAGUAUAAAUAGGGAUUGCCCUGAACUGAAAAGAAAGAAUGCCCCUAAUCAGGCUGCUAUGCAAGUUGUGGAGAAUGUUUACAAGCAUUUCAACCAUUUUAUCUCUGGCCAGUCAGACAAAGGUUUAUUGGGAGAGUUAAAGAAAUUAAAUGAAUUCCUUGAAGGCCAGGACACCAAGUUUUUAGUGGACAAUGUCCUCUCCUUCUCAGAUUGUCAUCUGUUGCCGAGGCUUCAGCAUAUAAGAGUAGCUGGAAAGGCCUAUCGUGACUUUGAUAUCCCCAAAGAAUUCAUAUAUAUCUGGAGGUAUUUGAAAUAUGCAUAUGAGCAGGAUGCCUUCAAAUCUACUAUGCCCUCAGACCAGGACAUAAUUGUUAACUAUGAGAAGAAAGUGAGUGGGCCACCAAAGAAGAGAGGCGCCAAGCCCACGUUGGAGAAAUUCACAUACACAAUGGAUAUUCCUGAAGACAUUUUGAGGCUUAUUGGUAGCUCAAGUGAUGAGCCGCCAGUGGAAGAGGUACAGGAGAACGAUUCAGCAUCACCAUUGCCAGACCCAGAGCCUGUCUAUGAGCCAGACACAGAGCAGGAAAACUUCCCUGAGCCCCCAUCAGAGGAGCCUGGCCUGGAACCUGACUAUGGUGCUGCUGAGGAGCCUGAGACUGGUGGUAAGGAGGUCCAGGAAGAAGAGCCUCCAUCUCCCAGCGUAACAUCCGAAGAAAAUGGGGAAUUAGAAACAACAGGGGAACCAGAAACGACAGGGGAAUGAAUGACUUAGUCAACCAUAAAUUUAGUGUUCAGACAAAUUUAUUAAAGAGAAAAAGAUAUGUAUAUAGAUAUAUUUGGCCUUUAAAAAGAAAAGAUACAUUCUUAGAUUGUACAUGGUUAUGAACAAGAAUCAAUACAAAAUGUCUUUUGUGUCCAUUCCUAAAAAGACCACAAUGAUUAAGAUGUACCAUGGAUUGUACUGUGUAUGAUGACCUGUUUUUUCUUUUCAUGUGAAUUAGUUCCUGUAGCUGUGUUAAUGACUUGUAUAAGGCUAAGCAAUGUGUAACCUUUGUAUCUUUUAGUUUUUCUAUGUACUCAGAUCUACACUCUAUAUUCCCCCUGUCCUAGAUAUUGAUAAGAUACAUUAGCAAAGUGGUUUCAGGAUAAAGUACGUCUCUUCUCACUUACCUCCUUUUUUUACUUUGUGUAUAUCCUCUUGAUGAGAAAUAUAUAUAUAUUUUGUUAAGACUUUAUACUUGAAAUCAAUGCGGACAUGAUUACUUCUCUUUAUUUCAAUUAUCAUGCACCUUAGAUUGACUUGAUUUUCUGAGAUUACUUUUUGUAUCUGGAUUAGAAAAAGCAAACUGCAAUUUUGAAAUGGUUCGCCUUCUCAAUUAUUUUGUGGCCAACUUGUUCUAGUUAGUAAGCCUGGAGUUGAAUAACUAGUCAAUAAUUUAGAUGUGUAUAAACUGACUGUCAGAUUCCCUCCCCCCACCCAACCUGAGCAAUGUUAUGUAGCUGUAGUUCAAAGAUUUGUUUUAAAGUGUGAGUCCCAGUUGUUUAGUUAAGCUUCAAGUUAUUGUUGAUGGAUCCAUUUCAUUUGUUGCUCAUGUUGUUUUUUUGGGGACCUAAUAUUUUACAUUAUCUGCUCAGUAGAAAGUCAAAUUUGGUUUCAUACAGAUUUCAUUCGUAAAGUUACUGUUAUCUUUUUUGUGUAUAUAUUUUAUACCCAUCUAAUAAAACUCGAAAAGCAAAUGUUUUGAUAUUGUUGAAAAGUUUUUUAUAUUAUUUUUUUUCGUCAAAAUUUUCAGUCACAUGAUUUGUUUUAAAGCUUCGUCGACAAUAAUUGUAUGUAUUUAAAUACCUAUUUGUAAAUGUCAAAUCAUUGUUUCAUGUAAAUGGAGAAAUCAAAUAGUUCUACUUAUAGCACAGCAUAUAAUUGUUAACAAGUUGUAGAUAAUGAUGGGGUGGGUGGUGGUUGGUCUAAUAAUGGCUGAUGCUGAAUCUUGCAAUAUAAUGGUUGUGGCACGACACUUGUAGGUGCUGCCAGUUUGUUCAUUUUGGUCAUGUACAUCACCCUACAUAAAUAAUAAUGUUUUUGUUUUAUUUCGUCCCGAGACCAAACUAUGAUAAUGGUAAUAGCCUCAUUUACCUAACCUGCAUAUUCAACUGUGUAAGACGUGUGUGUGAGUGCCAAACUAAACCUGAGUGGUUCCAAAUAUUUGUUCUGAAACUGGUGCAAAGUGGAAGACAAUUUAGUGAAUGACUCAAUAGUUCACAUGUGUUUCGUUAUUUAAAUAUAUUCGUACAUAUAUACAUACAAAAUAUAUAUAUAUAUAAUUAGUAGAUUUUUGGCCUGUUUUUUGUUUUCUCUGUUGCUGAAUCAUGAAUUAAAAUAGUUGUGUUGAUAUUUCUUUUAACUUAGAUUGAAUUUUUGAAUACCAUUUGAUUUGGGUAAUACAUUUGUCUUGUAUAGUAGUUGCCAGACUGAGGAGCCUGGCUAGAGUUCAAGUACUUUCAAGCAAUACAACCAUCUUACGAUUUGUCAGAUUUGUGAAACGUU